AUGAAUAUAUUACUUCAACGUUGCCGAACUUUAAUUUCUCAACUUCGUAAAAAUUAUCAAAUUAAAGAUGCAAAAGAUUUACUCAAUGAAACUGUGUUAUUUUUAAAUAAUUCAAUUCAAAAUCAAACAGAUGGUUUACAUGUUUUAUCUAUAAUUUGUCAUGAUUUAGCAGGAUUAUAUAAUCUUCCGUUUUUUAAUAAUUCAGAAAUAAUGAAUCACCAAUUUUUUAUUAUAGUUAGUAAUACAUUUAUGAUGCUAUUAACAAAAUUAACAUUUAUUCGUUUAACAAAACAAGAUAUACAAUGUUUUGAUGAUAUUAGUUUAUUAAUAUGUAAUUUAUGUUUAAAUAGAAACAUAAUUUCAAGUAAUUUUUAUAUUGAUAAUAAUGAAAAAUUAAAUCCAAACAACAAAGAAAAAUUUAAUGUAACCUCUUAUGAAAAAAUAUUCUUUACAAAAUCAUUUGUAGAAAAGUUUGUUAGGAUUAUAGAUAAUGAUAUAGCUAUUAAUUAUUAUGAACCAUAUCAUAUCAAAUAUAGAAUUAUUGAUCGUCUACUUCGUUUAUGUAUAAAAUUAAAGGAUAUUGAUCAUAAAUUAAUUCUUGAUGCUGUUAUGAAAUGUCUUGAGUCAAAGAUUUAUAAAAAGUUAUAUACAACUAUUGAUCUUCGUCAACCAAUACUAACUCCACAACAAUCGUUUUUUAUGUAUCAAUGUCCAAAAUUUAUACGUCUUUGUAGUGACAAACGACAAAAUGACAUAUCUCAGAAGUUAUCUGAACCAUUAAUAAAUCUUAGUUCUGAUAUUUUUGCAAACCAAUUACCCGUUAUUUAUGAAGAACAUGCAAGAAUUCAAGCUAUCUCUUGGUACAUUGAAUUAUUAAAUCAUUUUGCUUUAACACCAUCAACAAGAGUACAAUUCAUUAAGAGAAUAGAUUUUGGUAAAACAAUAGUAGAUCAAAUGAUUGAAAUAUUACAAACGGAAUCAUUGAUUAAAAGUGUUCGAGAACAUGCUGAAUCAUUCCAUACUGAUGUUGCUCUUAUGUCAUAUGCCAUAACUCUCUUGUACAAUUUAACAUUCGAAAAUAAAAUCUUUUGGGAUUUAAAAACUAAAAAUGUUAUAGCCACUUGUAAAAAAUUAUUCAAUGCAAAAGAUAAAACCAUACAAUUUGCAUCUCGAACCUUAGAUGCAAUUUUAAAUCAAAAAGAAAUCAAUGAAAUAGACAGUCCAUCUGUUGUUGCACGAUCUUAUUUAUAUUUUAUUGAAAAUACAAUCGAUGAUAUAACACUUACUUAUCAUGGAAUUAAAUUGGAUGGGAUUUUAACGAAUCUUGAAACUAUUGUACAUAAUGAUGAUAUUAAAGAAGAAAUUACUAAUGAUGGUGAGGGAAUACCAUUAAUAGCACGAUGCGCAUAUGAAUCAAAUUUCGAUAUUGAAACAAUUCAACGUCCAGCACUUGAAAUCAUUAGUGCAAUUUCAUUUGCAAAUGAUUCAGCUAUUGAACAAAUAAAAGAAAAUGAUAUUCUAAUGGAUCAUAUUAAAAAAUUAUCUGAUCGUAAUGAUAAAGAUCAAGAAAUAACAGCUAAUCGUAUUUUAUGGAAAGUAGAACAAGAAACAGAAUUUAUUUUAAAUCAAAAAGUAGAAAAGAAACGACGACAAACAAUUAUUAAAAAAAAAUUCAAGGAAGAAGAAGCUAUAUAUCAAUAUGUUAGAGGUGAUUAUCAUAUUGAAAUAAACGAUGAUUAUCUUCCAGGCAAGUUCGAUGUUAUGCUAAGUUAUUGUCAUAGUGAUAAAGAGAUCUGUUCGAAAAUUUAUACUCAUUUAAAUGCAGAAGAUUUUGGUCAAGUUUUAUUUCAUGAAAGAGAUAUCGAUACUAUACAUCCUCGAUAUAUGGCCAAAGCUAUAGAAUGUUCUUCUAUUGUUAUUAUAUGUUUUUCAAAUAAAUAUGAACAAUCAUAUGCAUGUCGAUUAGAAGCUGAAUAUGCUAAAAAACGACAACGAACAAUCAUUGCUGUAAAAUUAGAACCUGGAUAUGAUGCAAAAGGUUGGCUAGAAGACAUUAUAGAUACAACAUAUAUCGAUUUUACUAAAUCAGAAUUUACUAGUGCCUGUACACAAUUAAUUAAAAAAAUCUAUGAAACAAAUGAAGAAAACAAUAAUAUAUAA